AUGUCGAAAUUUUCCAGCGCUGAAAACAUACAUGAAGAGUUAUCUGAGAAACUGCAUGGAAGCGGAAAAACUUGGGUAGUGCUUGUCGCCGGUUCUAAUAGCUGGUACAAUUACCGCCAUCAAUCAGACAUAUGUCACGCAUAUCACGUUGUUAGAAGUCACGGAGUUCCGAAAGAAAAUAUCAUUACAAUGAUGUAUGAUGAUAUCGCUUAUAAUAAGAAGAAUCCAUAUCCGGGGAAAAUAUAUAAUGUACCUGGUGGUAAAGACGUUUAUGCAGGUGUUGAAAUCGACUAUUCCGGAAUUCACGUCACUGCGGAAAAUUUCUUGGCAGUUUUAAGUGGAAAUAAAACAGCGGUAAAGGGUGGUAGCAGUAAAGUAGUCGAAAGCACUCAUUACGAUCACAUAUUUGUGUAUUUCACUGACCAUGGCGGUGUUGGAGUAGUAUGCUUCCCAGAUUCUAUGCUAACUGUUAAAGAUUUAAAUGAUGUACUGAAACGAAUGCAUAAAUUGAAAAAGUUUGGAAGGCUUGUAUUUUAUAUGGAAGCAUGCGAAAGUGGCUCAAUGUUCGCAAAAGUUCUACCCAAAAAUAUUGAUGUUUAUGCGGUAACAGCGGCGAAUUCGCAUGAAAGUUCUUGGGGUUGCUAUUGCGAUAAUAAAAUGAAAUUACCUUGCCUUGGUGACUGUUUUUCCAUAAAUUGGAUUGUCAAUUCUGAAAAGGAAGAUUUGAGUCGUGAAACUUUAGCUUCUCAAUUCGAGAUUGUAAAACAAAAAACAAACACGAGUCAUGUAAUGCACUAUGGUGAUUUGAAAAUUGCUCAGGAUUACGUGGCUUAUUAUUUAGGCGACAAAAGAGCUGUUAUUAAAAAUCCUGAUGAUGAUCUGAUGACUGUGGAAAGUAAAGAAUCAAUUUCUUGGCCUUCACGUGAAAUUUACUUUCGGAUUCUGGAGAGACAAUUGAACGAAGCAGAAACACAAGCUGAACGAAGAGUUUUGCAGCAUAAAAUCCAAAAACUGACGAUGAUAAAAUCUCUAUUUCAGAAACGAUCAUACCUUGAAACAUUUAUGAAGUCAUUGGUAUGGACCAUAGUACCACAUCAAUCAUAUUCUCAUUUCAUGCAUUCAUCAUCGCCAACAAUAAAUUCGUUAAACUGUUUCGAUAAUGUGAUCAAAGCAUUUCAUCAAAUGUGCUUCCAUUUUGGCCAAAACCCAUACAUUCUAAAGUACACGUACGUGUUUGCGAAUUUGUGUAAUGCUGGCAUCGACUCAGAGACAAUAAUUGGCGCAAUGUUUGACACCUGCAAGAAUAUUAAAAUCCGAGGAAUUUUGUAA